GAAAUUAUUUCACGAAAUCCAUAAAAAUCCUUUCCCCCGUUCCUCGUAAUUCAGUAGCAGAGUAGCGACAAACGGUAAUCCUCAUGCAAAAACAGCAAAAAACGCCUUUAUCUGUGACUUUAUCUUCUUAGAGACGACCGAAUAUCUGCCAAACAAAGAUAAAAAACAUGCACUCUUUGUGUAUAAAUUUAAUUACUGUGCGGCAAAUCGUCUCAGUAGAAACGGAGAUCUCGAAUCUGUCGGCUGGCUCGAAAAAUUAAAUAAAAAAAAAUAAUUUUUAAUAAUAUGUGUUAACCGGAAGACUAAAGUGUGCUAAAAAAAUUGAAAUAAUUGGAACAAAAGAUAAAAAUAGACAGAAAAAUGUGCUCCUCAGACAUCGUAAGAGACACAACAGUCGACGUGAAAAGAACUCAAAGAACCGUUACGUUAGAGGAAGCUUUAGCUUGCACAAAAUUCGGCAAAUUUAAUUAUUUAAUUACGAUUAUUAGUGGAAUUAUUUUAAGCACAGUACUUUUAGAGACCUUAGGAAUAAGUUAUGUGAUUACCAAUGCCACUUGUGACUUACUUCUCACCACACAGGAAAGAGGAACUUUGAGUGCAAUUGCCUUUGCAGGAAUCAUCUCCAGCAGUCACUUAUGGGGCUUCCUCGCCGACACAAAGGGACGUCGCAAGAUAAUUUUUCCCGCACUUUUCAUCACGUCAGUUUGUUCGGUCCUCUCGUCGCUCUCCAACAACUUUUACAUGCUCGUGAUCCUGCGAUACCUUUGCGGAUUUUUCGUUUCUGCAGGUUCAGCGACAAUUUACGCCUACUUGGGAGAGUUUCAUGACGCAAAAACACGCACACGGAGUGUUAUGGGAGCCAGUAUCGUCUUCGGGUUUGGUUGCAUGGCUCUGCCGUUGCUUGCGUUGAUGUGCCUGAACCAAGAAUGGCAAUUUUACGUACCUGUCUUUGAUAUUUUGUACAAACCAUGGCGAUUUUUCCUCGUAGUUUGCACAUUGCCGAGCGUUUUGUGUGCCUUUGCGUUGUACAAGCUGCCCGAAAGUCCCAAAUAUAAGUAUUCCAAGGGGCAUCACGAUGUGACAAUCAUGAUUUUGCGGAAAGUUUAUGCCUUUAACACGGGUAAGGACCCGGAAACGUUCCCCGUGACACAAAUUGUCGACGAAAGUGAGACCGUGAAGAAGCGCAAGGACUGCGAAAUCGAUGAAAAUAACAAUAACAGCACGGAUGACACAAGUAAUGGGAAAAGUAUCUUGAAAUUGUUCCGAAAAAUCAUCGAUCAGACGUUCCCGUUGUUCAAACCGCCCUAUUUGAACAGAACUCUCAUCGCCUGUAUCUUGCAAUUCGGGAUUUUUGUCACUUCCAAUGGGAUGUACAUGAUUUUUCCGGAUAUUUUGAACCGGGUUGCGGAAUAUUCGAAUAAGAUGAACGGCACAGACGACAAAACUUUGUGUGAAAUUGUCGAACUUACGACUUUUGACGUUAGUGUGUUGGAAUCUAAUGGCACAGCAACGGUCGAACAAUGUAACCAAAAACUCGAUUUUUCAACUUUUAAGAACAGUAUGAUGCUUGAAGUUCUGUACGCUGUCGGAUUUUCCAUCAUUGGAGCUCUUAUCAACAAAGUUGGCAAACUCCCAAUUCUCUUAUUCGUUUUUGUCGGUUGCGGUGCUGCGGGAAUUGCUUCUGCCUUCACAGGAGUCCAAUAUGCCAUCAUUUAUUACGUUAUUCUGCUCUGGUGUGGAUUGACAAUUGCUGUGGUGAAUGCUGCGACAGUCGAUUUGUAUCCAACGAACCUUCGGGCGAUGGCGAUUUGUUUGUCGUUGAUGUCGGGACGCGCAGGAAGCGUCAUUGGAUCAUACGUCGUGGGAAUUUUCAUUGAAACAAGUUGCAGUGCGACCUUUAUUGGGUCAGGUACGAGUUUGAUCGCGUGCGGAGUGUUGUCUUUCUUCAUUCCGAAUAUUAUGAAGCGUAAAGAGAAGAGUUUUGCGGAAAAAGAUGCUGAAAGUGGGAACAAUGUCGAAGUGGCGUAAUUUGUGUUUGUUGUGUGUUUAUAUGUAAUUUUAACAAUUAGAUAGAGAAAAAUGAUCUGAAUGAGUUUUAAAUAAAUUUACGACUAAGAAAUUAUUUUUUUAUUUAUAGAAAUUUUUUUCAGUAGGUAU